CCUCUUCACAAACUCACUUUCUCAAUUAAACAAAAACAAAUUAAAGGCAAAAAUGGCUUUGCUUCUUUGCUUCCUCUUCUUCUCUCUCAUUGCCUCCUCCGCAACUGCUUGUGAUCGCUGUGUGCACCAAUCAAAAGCUGCCUAUUUCUCCAAAGCUUCUGCACUUUCCUCCGGGGCUUGUGGGUAUGGGUCGUUGGCAAUAGGAUUCGGUGGCGGACAUCUUGCAGCUGCCGUGCCUUCAAUUUACAAAGAUGGUGCUGGUUGUGGUGCUUGUUUUCAGAUAAGAUGCAAGAACGCUAAUCUUUGUACCAAAGAAGGGACCAGAGUAAUAGUGACUGAUCUCAAUCCCAAUAACAGAACAGAUUUUGUUCUGAGCAGUAGAGCUUUCAGAGCCAUGGCUCGGAAAGGUGCGGACAAAGAUAUUUUGAAGCUUGGGAUUGUGGACGUUGAGUACAAGAGGGUACCUUGUGAAUACAAGAGCCAAAAUUUGGCAGUGCGCGUGGAGGAAUCAAGCCAAAAAUCAAACUAUUUAGCAAUCAAAAUACUAUACCAAGGCGGUCAGACAGAAAUAGUUGCCAUUGAUGUGGCUCAGGUUGGUUCGUCGAAUUGGGGCUUCCUGACUCGAAAUUAUGGGGCAGUGUGGAACACGAGCAGAGUUCCGGCGGGGGCAUUGCAAUUCCGGUUUGUGGUGACGGCGGGUUACGACGGGAAAUGGAUUUGGGCUAAGAGUGUGCUUCCUUCGGACUGGAAGCCUGGGGUCACAUAUGACUCCGGUGUUCAAAUUGAUGAUAUUGCUCAAGAGGGUUGCUCUCCUUGUGAUAUUAGCACUUGGAAAUGAGCUUUUGUGAGUACUACUAGUAGCUGCGUCUACCUAAUCAGUGAGAGCCAAAUUAAUUUGAUUUCUAAUAACUAUAUUACAAUUUGUUUGUAGAAUUAGGAAAUAAAAUUAAAAAAAAAAAUGUUGGAAAUAUUGCAAAUAGAAUUAUAGAUGUAACGAUAAUUUUCUUUCCUUUUUUCGUUACUUUUUUCUUUUAAUACCUCGUGUACUCUUGUAAAGCCCUCGGUACUUCGGGAUUGGCUUAUACACAAGGAAAGAAAAACAUGCAAUACUUGGCAGUAUUUAAUAUCCUUAUGUUACAA